AUGGAUUUAUUAUUAUUUUUUCAAACAAUUCGUCAUAUAUAUUUAAAUUAUCAUUUUGGUGAAAGAUCAUCCCGAUGGAUAAAUUCAACUUUAACUCGUCAUUUUCAAUUUUCUUUUCGAAUGAUAAUUGCAUUUUCUCUUGCUUCUUUUCUAACAUAUGGAACAAAUUUAAAAAAUCAUCUUUCAUUAUUAUUUAUGAUUCCAAAUAUAACAAUAUUAUUAAUACAAGAAACAUUUGGAUUAACAUUAUCAACAAAUAUUCAAUUAAUGUUAAUUAUAAUUCCAUUAUCAAUAUUUUUAUAUAUCCUUCAAAACUUUCAUCUUAUUUAUUAUCAUUAUUUAUUAAGUGAAUUUUUUUAUUUAUUUUCGUCAUUCAUAAUAUCAUAUCAAUGUACACAAAUUCCAACAAGAAAAUUAAGUUUAUUAUUUAAUUCACUUUUUUUUGUUACAAUAAUAAAUCAAAAAAAUCUUCCAAAAUUUUUUGCAUUUCAAUUACUUGAAAUAUUUUUAAUUUGA